UAUUUAUUACAGCAUAACAGAUUAUGGGUAGUUGUUGUAGUGGAUAAUAAGCAUGGUGUGGUGAUCAAAAAACACAAAUUAAUUUAUAAGGUGCUCAAUAAUAGGAACUAGAUAAAAAAAUGGAUGAAUAGUUAGAUGAAGAUUUAGUUAAGGAGAAAGCUACAAAAAUAUAAGGUAAUUAUUUAGAUUAGAUUAAUUCUUAGCUCAUAUACGAGGACAUAAAGCAAGAGAGGAGGUAAAGAAAAUUAAAGAAAGUUAAAAGAGUUCAGAACAAAUUUCAGAUAACUGUAUCAAAUAAAGUAGUGAACCUAAAAAAAUGGAAAGUCAUAAUCAUCAAUAAUAAGAAGAUAAAUCAUCAUUGACAGCAAAAGAAGCUUCAUAUACAAAAGGUCCAGAGUAAAAUGCUGGAGCUAAUUAACAUGCUCCAAAUGAUAGAGUUAAGAAAAUAGAUAAAAUACCUGAUUUUCUGACAGAUCGAACUCGAUAAGUAUAUAAUUGUAAUACGAAAGGUUUUGGAUAAAUUGGAAGAUUUUGUAUAUGAUUAAGAUUAAGAAGAAUACAAGGAUUUACCUAAUUUAGGGCCAUAUGAAUUUGAGAAUGGAAGUGUUUAUAUAGGUUAAUGGAAAAAUGGGUAUAUUAUUUAUAAUAUAUAAAAAUUAAUUAGAUAGAGACAUGGUAGAGGUAGACAAAUAUGGUAGGAUGGUUCAUUAUAUGAGGGUUAUUGGUAUUAAAAUGUAGCAUGUGGAAAAGGAAGAUUAAUACAUUCAGAUGGAGAUAUAUAUGAAGGAGAAUGGAGAAAUGAUAAAGCACAUGGUUAAGUAAUUAUUUAUAUAUAUUUAAGGGAAAAUAUGUUCAUAUGGAUGGAGCUAAGUAUAUAGGUUAAUGGGAAGAUGAUAGAUAAAAUGGAGAAGGAAAAGAAAUUUGGCCUGAUGGUGCUAGUUAUGAAGGAUAAUAUAAAAAUGGUAAAAAAGAUGGAAGAGGUACAUUUAAAUGGGCUGAUGGUUCUAUUUAUGUUGGAGAUUUCUUUUAAAAUAAUAUUUAAGGAUAAGGAGAGUAUAGUUGGGAAGAUGGAAGAAAAUAUGUUGGAGAAUGGAAAAAUAAUAAAAUGGAUGGAAAAGGAGUAAUAUUAAAUAUAAAUAUGUUUAUAGGUUUUUACAUGGUUAGAUGGAAGAAGAUAUGAAGGUUAAUAUAAAGAUGAUAAAAAACAUGGUUAUGGAGAAUUUAAAUGGCCUGAUGGUAGAGUAUGAAUUUUCUAAGAUUUUCAGGUUUAUAAAGGAGAAUGGUCUAAUGGAAAAUAACAUGGUAAAGGAAUCUAUAUAGGUUCAUCCAAAGUUGAAAAAGAAGGAGAAUGGUAAGAUGGUAAAAGAAUAAGGUGGAUUAGAAGAGGAGGUUAACCAAUAGAAGAAGGAAAUUGA